AUGAUGUAAGUUAUUUUCAAGUUUUCAGCAUUAGAGAAAAUGCAAAGAGUUCCAUCACGAGAAAACCAUUCAGCCCUAAUAUCAAAAUUCUAAAAUGUUGCUAUUGCAGGUUCGCUCCUCGCCUCAUCUCGUCCGCCGGGACUUCUUCCCCGAUGCCAACCUCAGCGCAAUCCGAGCCAAAACAGCCAGACACACCCAGACCUAAGUAAUGUUGGGUCUGUCUGGGGAGACAAUUGAUAGAAUCGCUCAAUUUUUCCCCAACAAUAAAUCAUUUAAAAAUCAAACCUGUUUUAGUGUUUAUUUGAAGAAAAACGUCUAAAAGUUCGCAGACAUAUGAAUCGAAUCAAUACCGAGUCCGACACAUCUUUUUGCCAUGCAGAGUCAAUGCAUUCAGUGCCCACCAGCUUCAUAUUUCCACCUUCGGGUUUCAGACAGUAGAGAUAGGGGGGUUAUAAAAAGGGUGCUGGGCAGAUAUCGUCAUUCUUCCAGGCCAACCGACCCAGUGGACGGUCGGAUAGUCUCAUUCUGCUGGUUUUUUGGGCAGACGGACUUUCCAGACCCGUCGCUGAUCGAUAUCGAUUGCAGACAUUUCUUUUUCGCCCUUCCACCCCCUUUCGCUUUCCGUUCUAUUCGCAGAUUUGCUUCUUCUAUUGCGAAGCAUUUCCAGCGGUAAGAUCAGGGCAACCAGAAGCUCAACGAAAAUGGGGUGCAGGUCGCCCACUCAUUUCGCCUGGCGGUACCCAAUUCUCCGAUUCUCCAGAGUCAGCAAAAAAUUUUGUGAUUAGUGAGUUUUUGUGUGAGCGUAGCACCUUCGAACCAUGUUAUUUAUAGCAAGACUGCCCGUCAACUGCUUCGGGAAAGCAUUCAGCAGGCUCAGCUCAGAAGUGAUAUUGUGUGCCAUCAGCUAGCCUAUUUUGAGCUGCACUCGACUCUUGAAACGCUGGGAAUGAACGCAUUGCUCGAGUACAAGUUGGACGGUAACAAUCUUUGUUGCUUUCCGCAUUAUUUCACUCAUUUCUUUCAGAAACUGAAGAAAACAGAGACGAAGAUCCGCGUGUGCCGAGAAAACCGCAGAAGCACAUCGACAAGUGAGUUCUCUCGGACCUCGAGACAUCUUGUCCUAGCACUAUUCAACACGAAAUUUUCAGAUACAAAAUUCAAAUAGCCGAAGUGCUGGACACCGCGCUCUACCACACGUCCCGCUGCCUCAGAUCGUCGCCAGUCUCUCCCAACUCAGAUUCCUGGACAUUUCGAGCACGUGGGUCUCCGACGUCACGUGCAUCUCGAGAUUCCGCAACCUCGAACUGCUUAUCAUGUACUAUCUGAACAUUCUGAAGGGCGACGGCACCGAGACGCUGUCAAAUUUGACGAAAUUUCAGCUUGCGGAUUGCGGAAUUCAGUAUUUUCCAAGGGUUCUACGGCGUGACAAACAUGGAGGAGGAGAUGACCUGCAAGGAGUUCCUCAAAUUCAUAAGAAUCGCGUUUGCCUUCAACAGAAAAAUCGCCUCAAUCUCCUAA